UUUCGAAAACAACAUCAACAACAAGAACGUCAAGGAAAGUGCGAGCAGCUUGACAUCGAAGCAAGGAGCAACCACUCAGGGGUCGCCAUCCUUGACACACACGUACAUAUACAUAUAUUGUCAUAUGUUCAGUAUUGCAGAGCUGCAAGGAAAACGAAUUUAGGAAGAAUGCGCAACGACAGCGAAGGUAUUGAUGUGGGCACAACCACCGAGGGGGAUGAACGCUCCGACCCCGAGGGCAUGCACUCGGAGGGCGACGAUGCCAGGGUCCUGCCCAGCGGCAGCCGCACUUUGGACAAACGCCUCAAUCCGGAGGCACCCGACUUUGUGCCCGGCGUAAGAAACGGCCUGCUGGCCGCCAAAAUAGUCGAGGACUCUAAACCACGACUGCCAGUGGCCAACUACACACGCUGGAGCAGUGCUGCUGGUGAGGAUGUCUCAUACGGACCGCGCUACGAUGGCAUCUGGAGCGAGAGCCGCCUCCAGGCCAAGACCCUAGCCGAAGCGCAGCCGAACAUCGUCGAGUCUGUGGGUGACCGGAAGCAGCCGCAGCAGCCACAGACACACCCACAGCCACAGCCACAGCCACAGCCAAAGUUGAAGCAGCCGUCGUUGAAGAAGCGAUCCAAGAUCCGUUGCCAAUUCGAACUCGAGCCCGGCUCCGACACAGCACCGACUGGUCGCUGCUGUGCCUGCGAAAUCAUGUAGUGUUAGUUUUGUUCCAUAUGUAUAUAUAUAUGUACUUGUAUGUAUAUAUAUGUAUAGUUAACUUUUUUUUUUUUUUUUUUGGAUAGUUGUACUUUUUCAAGCAUUGUCUCACUAUAUUUAAGAGAAUAAACGCCUAAAUGACAUGGCUGCCCACCUGCC